AUGGGGGUAUUUACCGAGGGUCACGCUCUGUUAGUGGAUACCUUGUUGACAGGUGGGCUGUUUCUUCUGCUGUGGUAUCUGUACAAGCUUCUAUUAGCUCCCCUCUUCUCUCCACUUAGAAAGAUUCCAGGAUGCCCUUUUAUUCCAAUUGUUGGAAACAUGCUUGAGGCACGAAAAGCAGAGCCUAUGACCAAUGCUAUCAGGUGGAUGAAGAGAUACAACUCAAAGAUCAUUCGUUUCUAUUACUUUGGAGGACAGGAGAGACUUUUGGUUGCAGAUCCAAAUAUCUGUCGUCAAAUCUUGGUCACAAACAGUCGGAAUUAUGCAAGGCCAACGGUAUUAUCAAUUUUUCAGCGAUAUACUGGUACAGCUCCUCUGUUUGUGUUGUCUGGGGAAGCUCAUCAUGUGAUAAGAAAGAUUUCCAACCCAGCUUUUUCACCUUCUGUAUUGUAUGAUAUGAUUCCUGUAUUUCAAGAAAAGGCUAUCAAUCUUUGUGCAAAAUGGGAGAAGUUACAGGAGAGUGCCAAUACAGGUUAUUCAGAUGUGGAAAUGCAAAAAAACCUCCAAACAAUGACAUUAGAUGUUAUCUGUAAAUGUGGAUUUGGCUAUGACACGGACUUUUUAAAAAGUCCAACCUCCUCGGAGGAUGAAGAUGGGAUACGAUCCAUUGUUAGUGGUGUCAGAGAAGGAUUUUUGGAUUUUUUGCCCUUUUCAAAGUACUUCCCCACUAAAGCUAGAAGGAAGAUGAACAAAGAUGUUCAGUUUACAAAAGAACUAACAGAGAAGAUAAUUAGGAAUCAACAGAACAAUCCGAAAUCUUCUAAAAGAGACAUAUUGACUAUGCUGACCACAGCAUGUGAUGUCGAAGGAACUCAUCUUUCAAAACGAGAACUGGUUGAUCAUGUGUUCGGGUUUCUUUUGGCUGGAUUUGAUACUACUAGUGUGGCACUCACCUGGAUUCUCCUGCAGCUGUCGGAGAGACCCGACCUACAGGAAAAGGUCCGGCAGGAAAUUCUGUCUGUAUUGGGAGAAGAUGUAAAUAAAACUCUGGCACACGAAGAUUUGGAUGCAUUGAAACUUACAACUGCCGUUAUUAAAGAAACACAGAGAUUGUUCCCAGUAAUACCCACGCUAUUCCGGACUGCAUUAGCUGAUGACAAUUUGAACGGUUACCACAUUCCAAAAGGAACAAUAGUGGGCUUGCAUUUUGGUGCUCUCCAUAGAUUAAAUUGGGAAAAUCCAGACAAGUUUGAUCCUGGCCGUUUUUUGGAAGCAGAAAGCGUUGCUCCAAUGACGUUCCUCCCUUUCUCAUACGGACCAUAUAUGUGCAUAGGCCACAAGUUUUCCAUGAUGGAAAUGAAAACUGUAUUAUCAGUUUUACUCAGGAAGUUUGUUUUUCAGCCCACACCUGGUUUUGUUUAUAGAAAAUUCCAAUCUGCUGUGCUAAAACCGAAUCCACCAGCAAUUAUUAGAAUAAGAAUUAGAAAUUAAAUAACUGUGUUGUUAUUAACGUUAAACCCCGGGGAUUGACAUUUCAAACAUAUGAAACAUUAAUUAUGAGUUUCUAAGGAAAUCUUAAGUUUCAGCAAUAUUGCCAGGUUAACAUUAAAAUAUCAAUAAAUUUUAUUGUAUCCGUGCUCUUCACAAUUACCAAUCAUGUUAUUUUAGCCAAUAAAAAACUUUCCUGGUUUGUGAUACUUUCGAAAUGUAAAAUAUGACUAUGGUUUGAUACAAUACUUUUUUUUAGCUCACCAGAGCUGAAAGCUUAAGUGAGCUUUCCUGAUCACAUUUUGUCUGUCGUCCGUCCGUCUGUCUGUCCGUAAACUUUUAAAAUUUUCAACAUCUUCUCAAGAACUACUUGGGCAAUUUCAACAAAAAUUGUCACAAGGCACCCUUAGGCAAAGGGAAUUCAAAAAUAUUAAAAUAAGGACCACGUCUUUUUAAAAAGGGAGAUAAUGAGGAUUUAUUGAAUAUUUUUGAGGCUCCCUCUCAAGAACCAUUUGGCCAGGUAAGCUGAAACUUGCGUUGAAGCAUCCUCAGGUAGUGUAGAUUCAAAAUUGUGAAAAAUCAUGACCCCGGGACCACAAUUGGGGGGGGGGGGGGGGGUAAAAGUUUUACUUGUACAUAGGAAUAUAUUAAGUAAAUUUUUAAAAUUCUUCUUCUCGGAAACUAUUCAGCCAUGUGAUUCUUUAUAUUUGUUUGGACAUUGGCUUCUGGACAAUUCGUUUGCCUCAUAAGGGGUUCAGAGUUUGAUGUAGGUUUAAAUUCUAUAUAUAAACAAUUGUUUAGGAUCUUUUUGAGAACUGCAAUACUCAACUCAGCCUGUUAGAAAAGAGACUAGCCUAAUGAUUAUAAAUACUAGUAUAAGAAUAUCCAUGGGUGAAAAUGGAUUUUAUUUUUACAGGAUCUAAAUGUAUUAUUGUACAUUGUCCAGAUAGUUUAUAUUAUGCAUAUGACUCCAUAAAGCUGAUUUCAUCAUACCUAUUGUUCCUCGGGUGAGCGAUGUGGCUCAUAAGCCUUUUGUUUUGAUUAUCCGGGAUAAGAAUAAAACAACUGUUAAAAGAGAGAACAAAAUAUACUUCACCAUUAAACUAAAAUGGCUGAUGUUUUUAUAAAAAUGUACCAAAAAGUAAGCUUUGGAUGAAACUAUGUAUGAUCGUCAUAUACCUUAAUUCAAAGAAUGUCUGUAACCUGAAAAUAUGCCCUGGCUUGUGAUUUGGUCAUUAUUUGUGCAAGUUCAAUGUUACUGGAAGAAAAACGGUUGAUGCAUUACUUUCCAAUAGAGGAGGAUUUGAAUAACUGUUUUAUACAUUUUUUUCUCACUUAAACCUGACAUGAAGAUUGUAGCCUGAAAAUAUGUCCUGCCAAUUGAAUUGGUCAUUUGUGCAAGUUUUUUGUCAUUAAAAGAAAUAUACAAUACUUUCAAACAGA